AUGAUCGAGGACCUGCAUUCUGCCAUUGUUCGCGUGCGAAUCGCUUCACUUCAGUCAGAAGUCUUGAGCAGAACGUCCAGCCGAGAAGUUGUUCGCCGCCGAAGCAGCAGCAAAGUAAAGCCAAUACACGUUGCCAAGGGCCGACUGCCAUUGUUCACGAAGCAGAGAUCCGUUCGGGUCGUCUCCUAA